AAGAGGGGAGAGGAAAUUGGGGGAAAAAGAGGGAUUCGAAGAUUGGGAGAAGAAGGGCAAAUCUGAGGCUUGUAACCAAAACUUCAAGAAAAUAAAGUUUGAGUUUUCCUAUUUCCUUCAAGUGUGCAUUGUUAAUUUAUUUUUUAUUUAUUUAUAGAUUUUUUUUUUUUUUUUUUUUUCUUUUUUUUUUUUUUUUUUUCUUCCUUUCUUUGUUAUCAGUAAAUGUUUUCUUUCAUGGUUUGCCUGCGGUAAGUGUUUAUGGGUUGUGGCCUGGCCGUAAAUUUGAUUUCAUUUGUUUCCCCUCUCACAUUAGUUUGUUUCCUGUGAUGCAAAAUAAUCGCUUGCAAUUUUUUUUUAGUCUUUGGAAAAUAUCAACUUUUGUGUUUUUUCGUUUAUGACGUUUUUCUGUGAUGGUUCAGAGAUGCAUUAGAUAGAGAAAAAAAAAAGGUGUUGAAAGAUUGGUCCUAAAAAGAAUUAUCCAAGAGUUCGUUCACCUAUUCUCACUAGAGCUCUUGCAAGGAAGAUGGUUGACGAAGCUAAUUUAGAAAAGGUUCCGGUGGCAAAUCUCCUUGUGGCCACAUCUGUUUUAACUCUUGGGAAGGAGCCUAUGUCAUCUUGCCCUCUUGAUCCAACUAUUGGGGGAACUUUUGGGACAAAACCAUUUGUUCUAAAUGCUGGUGUUGCUACAGUUCAGUCUAAUGAUCAAGAAGAGACUCAAGUUGUCAAGUCAAUUACAGAGGGUGAAGACAAGGUAAUUAAAGCGAAGGUGCAGCUGAUGGAGGAAACACUAAAAUUGAUGCAAGGUGUCCAAACCAAUAAACCGGUUGACAUCUCAUCUUUGUGCUUUUUCCCAAACAUUCAACUGCCCUAUAAGUUUAAAUUGCCUGAGUUUGAUAAGUACAAUGGCACUGGUUGUCCUUAUGCCCACUUGACGAUGUAUUGUAGGAAGAUGGCUCCUUAUGCUAAUGAUGAGAAGCUAAUGAUACAUUACUUUCAGGACAGUCUGACAGGUCCUGCAGAUGCUUGGUUCUCUACUUUAGACAAAAGUAAAGUCAAAAGUUGGUAUGAUUUGACUUACAAUUUUAUGAAGCAGUAUGAAUACAAUACAUCACUAGCUCCUAGUAGAGAAGAUCUUCAAAGAACAGAGAAGAAAUCGAGUGAGAGCUUUAAGGAAUUUGCUCAAAGAUGGUGUGGAUUGGCUGCUCGGGUUCAACCUCCACUGACAGAUCAUGAAUUAAGUAAUUUAUUCAUCAAGUCAACCAAAGGGUCUUAUCGUGAGAAGUUAAUAACUUGUGUGAAUUACACUUUCACUCAAUUGGUUAUCGUGGGAGAGGAAGUGGAAGAUGGAAUCAAGUCAAGGAUUAUUAUUGAUUAUCAAGCAAUGAAGAGUAUCCUUGAACAAUACCAAAAUGAUAGUUUAGGGGUUUCUAGUUCAAAGAAAGUGGGCCAAAAUCAAAAGAAGGAGAAUGAGAAUAGCACUAUAAGUUUAGUUUAUGAGGCGUAUAAUCAGUCACGGGGGCAGUUCAACAAUCGGUUCCAAGCUCCAACUUAUCAAUCAACGGCUUUCACAAGUCAAUCAAGGCCCAUUUAUGCCUCUGGGUCAAGGCCCAUUUAUGCCUCUGGGACAAGUCGUCCACAACAAGAGAAAAAGAGACGUUAUUUUGAUAAACUGCCAACGUCAUAUACUGAAGUGUUUCGACAGUUGAUAACAGCUAGGCUUGUUACCCCUGUACCUAUGGUGCCAUUAAAUCCACCAUUUCCAAUAUGGUAUAACCCACAAGCAAGAUGUGAAUACCAUAGUGGAGGUGUUGGGCAUGACCUUGAAAAUUGUCUUGCUUUGAAGCACCGUGUUCAAGAUCUAAUAGAUGCAAAGGAGUUACAAAUUACAUCAGAACCUGAGGUUGUUGGUCCAAAUGUCACUAAAAACCCUUUACCCACACAUGAUGGUCCAACAGUUAAUAUGAUCAAGAAAGACUCCGAUAAAGGUCAUGAGGUGACUACAUCAGCAAAUAAUGAUGAUUUGAGCACUUUUUUUGAGAAGUUGAGCAUAUGUGUCAUUGAUGAAGCAAAGGGUGAUGACAAGCUUAUUCUGCCUACUCAUGGUGAAGCUUUGAACAACAAGACAGUAGAGAUUCUUCCUGUUCCUAUCAUUAAAUCGUUUGCUGAUAAUAAAUCCACAAAUAGUGAUAUCAUUCUUGAACUUAGACAUAGUUUUGAUGAACUGAUUUAUUCUAUGGAAGAUGAUGAAGAAUUAGAACCUUUUCUUGAAUUGACUGACAUGUUGAGAGAAGAAGAACCUAAAUUCCAGCCUAAUCAAAAUGGCUACAACAUAAAAUGGGGAGGUCAGGCCUCGAAGGUUUCAAGAAACAGAUGUUGUUGUGAAGGAAAAGAUGAAGGUUUGAAGAAAAUUUUGCCUAAUGAGAAGGAUCCAAGGGGAAAUUUUGCUCCAAAUUACAACAGUCUUUACAUCAUAAAGACCGCAUCUAAGGAAAAAGAGGAGAUGAAGACCGCAUCUCACAAAGGAGAAGAUGAAGACCACAUCUUAGAAGUAACAUCUUAGAUGAAGACUGCAUCUGAGGAAGAAUAAAAGAUGAAGACUGCAUCUGAGGAAGAAUAAAAGAUGAAGACCGCAUCUUGCAAAAGAUAGAAUGAAGACCACAAGGUUUCACUUAUAAAUUGUUUUCAAAGCUUAAAAAUUGGGUUAUUCUUUUAUUCUUUACUUUUCUUUUUGUAAAAAGAAAAGUAAAGAGGGGGCAACUGUCAUAACCCAAUUUUUACUGAGGGGCUAAAUGCUAAAAUCAAAAAUCAAUGGACUAUUUUUGUAAAGUUGGAAACUUGAAGGGGUUAAGAUCUCUCUGUACCGCACCCCUUCUCUCAUCAACUCCAGCAUGCUGCCAAGAAGAUUUUCUUUGAAGAUAAGCUCAACCAAUUGAAGGAUUUGGAUAAAGAUGGACAAACCAUAAGUCAUCAACUCCAAGGAGUCCGAAAUUGAUUAAAGGUGGGAGUCCUAAUUCAUAGAAGGUAUGAAUCUAGACUAGAAAAGGGGUAGAUGUGGGAAAAACUAAGAAAUCCAAUUUCAAAUAGGAUUGAGUUGUUAUCUUAGGAUUGAGAUUUGAGUAUUAGAAGCACAUUAGGAUUGGGUUUUUCCUUUGGUCUAUAAAAAGGGGGGCCCUUCGGCUUCUAAGAGGGGAGAGGAAAUUGGGGGAAAAAGAGGGAUUCGAAGAUUGAGAGAAGAAGGGCAAAUCUGAGGCUUGUAACCAGAACUUCAAGAAAAUAAAGUUUGAGUUUUCCUAUUUCCUUUAGGUGUGCAUUGUUAAUUUAUUUUUUAUUUAUUUAUAGAUUUUUUUUUUUGUGUUUCUGUCAUGUUCUGUUUUUUUUUUUCUUCCUUUCUUUGUUAUCAGUAAAUGUUUUCUUUCAUGGUUUGCCUGCGGUAAGUGUUUAUGGGUUGUGGCCUGGCCGUAAAUUUGAUUUCAUUUGUUUCCCCUCUCACAUUAGUUUGUUUCCUGUGAUGCAAAAUAAUCACUUGCAAUUUUU